UUUUAUCUAUGUUAAUAUGAUAUUUACAUUGAACUUUCAGUAAAUAAUUUAUCGUAUUUUCCUAUAAUAUAUUACAGUAAUUUACAUUUGAAAUACUAAAUUUGUUUAUACUUUUCGCAAACAAUGGUUUUGUGGAUACCUUUAUCAUUAAAUAAUCAAUAUGGGUGAUCUAAGAGCAUCUGAUAGUUCAUGGAAGAAAAUGGUGAUAGCCAAAUCAAACAAUAAAUGGAUUUCUACGAUAAAAUCUGAACCUAUAGAUUCUAUUGUUACGACAAUGAACACUAAAAAUUUGUCUAUUGGCGAAAGCAAUUUCGGAUUUAGAGAAAUAAAGAAAGAGAAUGAUGGCGUUAAUACCGAAAGUAGCACUCCUGAAAUGAUUGAAACAGAAUCUAUGAUACAAGAAAUGGACCCACUUAAUAUUGAUCUUCCUGCAAGAAGGACAAGGAGAAAAAGCUCUGGGCCCAAAAAUGAAACACCAGAAGAAAGAGCAGCAAGACUUGCAAAAAUGUCAGCAUAUGCGGCCAAAAGACUUGCAAAUGAAACUCCUGAUCAACGUGCUGUUCGGUUGCGACGCAUGUCGGAAUAUGCAGCUAAGCGCCUUGCACAGGAGACUAGUGAACAAAGAGCACGACGUCUGGCACGUAUGUCAGCAUAUGCAGCUAAAAGACUUGCAAGUGAAAGCCCAGAACAGAGACAAGCAAGGCUAGCUCGGAUGUCUGCAUAUGCAGCACGGAGACAGGCUAUGAAAAAGAUUAUUAAUCCUAGUCCCAGUAGUAGUCUUGAUACUUCAAAUUAUGAUAUAAUAAAUAAUAUAAUGCCUCACCACAGUUGAGACUGUGAUACAGCUGUAGGUCAGCGCAGGUUUUUUUUCUGAAUAAACAUACCUAUGCUCAUAGUAUGCUAAAAGAAUGCUAUUUUUAGAGUAUUCAAUAUAUUUGUCAUAUUUAUUUUUUGUAAAGAAAAUUUAAAUGUAAAUAAUUAUAUUUCCAAGGAAAAUAAAUAUAUAGUUAUUUAAUAAUUUACUAAUAUUUUAUGUUUAUGUUAAGGAAAUGUAUUUUUUUUUAAUAUUGAAUGCAAGCCAAAAAAUUGUUUGGUAUAAAAAUAAUGAGCAAUGGAAAGAAAACUAUAAUAAUGAGAAAUAAAUAUUAUAUAUUUUUUCUUUACUAAGUUAACAGUAAAUUUUUGAGUGUGAUUUUAAUUAAAACAUUGUCUUAAUAUGAUUUAAUUUAUAAAAUAUAUUUUUAGACAUCUGGUAACUAUAUAUAAAAAUGAAACUUGCAUUUUUUACAUAGGUAUUAUAUGCAGCUGAUAAAUCAAGUGUGUGCUACGGUAUAAUAAAUUCAUUUCUUAUAGCCAGAA